CGAAUAAGUUCAUCACACUUCUUUCCUUUGGUUCCUUGGUUUAAGCAAAAGAAAACAAUAUGGAGAAACCGAAUUCGAGUUCAGGAGGGUUAUGGAGAACGCAGUCAGAUCAGUUAUCCAAGAUACUGGGAGAUGCAAUGAAAUCGCCUGUCUCAAACGAGGAAACUAAAGAGGUCGAUAGUUAUACGCUUUCAAGAAAAUCCAGCAAAAAUCAAGUGCUCGCAUCACCCGGGCGAAGUGGCACUAGUGGAAGAAACGCGCACAUUAAAAGGGGGAAGAGUACUCAAAUGAAAUUUGAUUUCGAUGAGGUUAGUACCGGAGCCGCACUAAGUAGAGCCUCGAGUGCUAGCUUAGGGUUCUCGUUUUCACUAGCAGCGUUCACAAUGCCUCCAGAUGAAAUAGCAGAUUCAAGACCUUUCAGCGACGAUGACAUUCCUGAAGACAUUGAAGCGGGAACGCGUAAAAGGUUUCAAACAGAGCCUACCAUGCAAAUAUAUCUAAAGAGAACAAUGCAAGAUAUGAUAUGUCAGUUUACGGAAGUGACAUACAAGAUAAUAACCAAAGGAGUGACAUCAACCCAAGAGAAAUAUAUUUUAAAUGGAAUAAAUGGUUCGGUUAAUCCAGGUGAAGUUUUGGCCCUCAUGGGGCCAUCGGGAAGUGGCAAAACUACCCUCCUAAGUUUGCUUGGAGGGCGGUUGACAGAGCAUACGUUAGGUGGAUCAGUUACUUAUAAUGACAAGCCGUAUUCAAAGCUCCUAAAAAGCAGGAUUGGGUUUGUGACGCAAGAUGACGUGUUGUUCCCUCAUUUAACUGUGAAGGAAACUAUAACAUAUGCGGCUCUUUUACGGCUAUCUAAGACACUAACGAAACAAGAGAAGGAAAAACGAGCAGAAGAUGUGAUAUAUGAACUUGGUUUGGAGAGGUGUCAAGAUACUAUGAUAGGAAACUCCUUUAUUCGGGGAGUUUCAGGUGGCGAAAGAAAGCGUGUUUCCAUUGGAAAUGAAAUCAUAAUCAACCCUUCCCUUUUGUUUCUUGAUGAACCCACUUCUGGUUUGGAUUCAACAACUUCUUUGAGAGUAAUUGAACUACUACAAGACAUAGCUGAGAAUGAUAAGACAGUGGUUACAACUAUACACCAACCAUCGAGUCGACUUUUCCAUAAAUUUGACAAAUUAAUCCUACUUGGAAAAGGGAGCUUGUUGUAUUUUGGGAAAGCUUCAGAAGCUAUGGUGUAUUUUUCAUCAAUCGGAUGUUCUCCUUUAAUCGCUAUGAAUCCAGCAGAAUUCUUGUUAGAUCUUGCAAAUGGGAACAUGAAUGAUGUUUCUGUUCCACCUGAAUUAGAGGAUAGAGUACAUUUGGGAAAUUCGGGAAGAGAAACAACAAAUGGGAAACCCUCUCCAGCAAUCGUGCAUGAGUAUCUAGUGGAGGCAUGCAUGAGUCAUGUUGGGGAAGAAACAAAAAAGAGACUUAGGACUCAAACAUCACUCGAUCAAGAAAAGACGUUUCAAAAACGAGAAUGGGGGGCAAGUUGGAGAGAACAAUACUCGAUAUUGUUCAUGAGAGGGAUUAAAGAAAGGCGUCAUGAUUAUUUUAGUUGGUUGAGAAUCACACAAAUUGUAGCAACCGCAAUCAUUUUAGGGCUUCUUUGGUGGCAAUCCGAUGUUCAUACCCCCAAAGAUUUGCAAAAUCAGGCAGGACUGCUCUUCUUCAUUGCGGUAUUUUGGGCGUUUUUCCCGGUUUUUACAGCUAUAUUCACAUUCCCUCAAGAAAGAGCAAUGUUGAAAAAGGAAAGAGCAGCUGACAUGUAUAAGCUUAGUGCAUAUUUCCUAGCAAGAACAACAAGUGACCUUCCACUUGAUCUUCUUCUCCCAAUCAUUUUCCUCCUAAUUGUUUAUUUCAUGGGAGGACUCAGACUCACUGCUCAAUCAUUUUUCCUAACCAUGCUUAUAGUCUUUCUAUGCAUUGUUUCAGCUCAGGGUCUUGGAUUGGCUAUUGGUGCUGCAGUUAUGGACUUAAACAAGGCAACAACUUUAGCUUCUGUAACUGUAAUGGCUUUCAUGUUAGCUGGAGGGUUUUUUGUAAAGAACGUUCCAGUGUUCAUUUCGUGGUUAAGUUACUUGUCAUUCAACUAUCACACAUACAGACUUCUUCUAAAAGUGCAGUAUGAACAUAUCAGCUCUGUAAUUGAGGGGAUUGAAUUAGACAGUGGAUUGAAGGAAGUUGGAGCCCUAGCAGCCAUGGCUGUUGGGUAUCGUAUCUUGGCUUACUUGUCUUUGAGACAUUUGUAGCUUGAAUGAUUCAUGAGUGUUUGGGUAAUCAAGAACUUCAUGAGUGUUUGGAUAAUCAAGAACUAUUGAAGUGAAUUUUUGUUUUGUUUUUUGAUUCAUACUGAUGCAAGAGGUGAGAAUGGAGCAUAGGGAAAAAGAAGCUAUAUACAGUGACUUGAAGAAGAAUUUGUUCAAAUAUCAUCUACACAGAUGUGAAAUCACUAUUUGAGAGGUUUACUUGCUAGUGUGUAUCGAUAUUAUUGAUGUUCAUAGCUGAAAUUAAGUUAUCUGUGGCUGUAAAACAACUAAAGAUCAUAAAUUUCAGCAAAGUAUGUGCAUUUUUCAG